ACAAAAUUGAAUCAUCAAGCAAAUAUAAUCAUACAAACUCCAACUACUGCGAUUUUUUUUCAAAAGUAUUUUAAAUAGGAAGAUUUUAAAAAUGGAUUGGCUUUUUGGGAAACGAGUUACUCCGGAAGAAAUGCUCAGAAAAAAUCAAAGAGCACUAAAUAAAGCUAUGAGAGAUCUAGACCGUGAGAGAAUGCGUAUGGAACAGCAAGAAAAGAAGAUUAUUGCUGACAUCAAAAAAAUGGCUAAGGAUGGUCAAAUAGAUGCAGUUAAAAUAAUGGCGAAAGAUCUAGUUAGGACCCGUAAAUAUAUUAAAAAGUUUAUGCUAAUGAAAGCCAAUGUGCAAGCAGUUUCUCUUAAAAUUCAGACAUUAAAGUCUCAAAAUUCAAUGGCAAUGGCUAUGAAAGGUGUCUCCAAAGCAAUGCAAAAUAUGAAUCGACAGUUAAAUUUGCCCCAAAUACAAAAAAUUCUACAUGAAUUUGAAAAACAAUCUGAGAUAAUGGAUAUGAAGGAAGAAAUGAUUAAUGAAGUAAUUGAUGAUGCAAUGGAAGAUGAAGGAGACGAAGAAGAAACUGAUGCUGUUGUUACACAAGUAUUAGAUGAACUAGGCUUGCAGUUAGGAGACCAAUUGUCCGGUUUGCCAAGUGCUUCUGGUUCGUUAGCUGCAACUGGUUCCAAAACACCACAAGCAGCGGCAUUAGCUGCUGGAGGCGGAGCAGUUGCUGGUGGAUCUGGCAACGGAAAUGGUGGAAGUGGCGGAAACACUUCUCCAAUGUCUGACGCAGAUGCUGAUUUACAAGCGCGUCUUGAUAGGUUACGGAAAGAGUAAAGUUCGAGAAGUUUG